GCAAACCAAGGACGAGCUGCACAGCAUAUUGUUGACUAGGUCCUUGCUGGAGGACUUUAAGGGUUACCUGGGUUGCCAAGCCUUGUCCGAGAUGAUCCAGUUUUACUUGGAGGAGGUGAUGCCCCAGGCUGAGAAUGAGGACCCAGACAUCAAACAGCACGUGAACUCCCUGGGAGAAAAGCUGAAGACCCUCCGGCUGAGACUGCGGCGCUGUCAUCGAUUUCUGCCCUGUGAAAACAAGAGCAAGGUGGUGGAGCAGGUGAAGAGUACCUUUAGUAAGCUCCAAGAGAAAGGUGUCUACAAAGCCAUGGGUGAGUUUGACAUCUUCAUCAACUACAUAGAAGCUUACAUGACAAUGAAGAUGAAAAUCUGAAACACGGUGGGGAACGAAACAUCCAGGAUGCAACUCUUCUGGACUCUAGGACAUAAAUUGGAGAUCUACAAAAUCCUACUCAGGGAUAUGGGAGAACCAAACAGCUCCUUGGAGAACCCGGUCAUACCUCUCUCUUAGAAUAUUUAUUACUUCUGAUACCUCAACUCCCAUUUGUAUUUAUUUACUGAGCUUCUCUGUGA